UAUUACCUAUCAGUGUACUUUUCGUGUACAAAAUGAAAUGUCACUUGAAUGCAUCAAAAAUAGUUCUGAUAACUUCAAAGUAAUAUUGAACAUUCUAAAGGUUCAAACCUUAUUUCAAAGUGUAUUUUUUGUGGAAAAACGACACGAAAAAUGGACGGUCUGUUUGUAUUUGAUCAACAAAAUGACAUUGUUUUCACUCAGCUAGAUGACAAAAUCAACCAUCGUCUGUAUGAAUUGGCCAAAAAGCAAGAGUUGCUUCCAAAUGAUGCGGUUGAAAUGAAUGAGAUUGACACAAAUGUCGUGGUCCAACUUUUUAGCCCACUGAUUGCAUCGCAACGAAUUAUGUUUUGUCAAUUCGAUAAUUCGUACACAUCGAUUCAGCUGAAGGACAACAUGAACCUCGUUUUCGAAGAGUUUUUGGGAUUUUUGUUCGUAUGUAUUGGCACGGAAAGUGUGGAAUACCAACAGAGAUACGUCGGCAUUUGUAUAUCAUUCAUAAAACAUUUGUGUGGCCCUGACAUUUAUUUAUUGAAAACUAUUCAAAUGAAGGCGAAAAUUUUGAGUAAACUAUUAGAAAGCUGGAAAUAUCUUUAUCAAAACGAUGAAACGGUAUUGAUAGAAGGCAUGGAGAAUUUACUUAUCAAUUUGGAUUUAAAGAGAGUCGCACAAAGAGCGCUAGAAACAGCAUCGGAGAAUCUCAAACGCGACCCCUACUCACAGCGUAGUCACUCAAUUUUAUUCGUAAAAAAUAAACUUCUCGCUAUGUGCUCAAGCCGUUCGGCUCAAGAUCUGUCAACCGGUGACUUGAUAUUCCUUCAAAUUUACUGUCAAAAAUCAGUGUCGGCCAACCAUGAUGCCAAAUCGGACCGGAAAGUUGAUACUCAUUUGGUAUUUUUACAAGGCAAUGUAAAUGGUACUCAUGCCGGAUGCAUUCCACACAUCGUACACAUCUGUCACAUGGAAAAUGAUGUUACGCUCAUCAUUUUACUUGAAUAUGGUAGUCUGGCUGUUUCAAGUGGUUUGUUUGACGUUUUCUUUGCCGUGCACAAAAUUCGCAUAUUGCAAAUGCAAAACGAUAUGGACAACUUUCGACCCGCAUACGAAAACUUGGAUCAUUACAUCAAACAAAGCUUGGAUGCGCUUAAAAAAGCUAAGUAUAAUAAUGCUGAUAUUGAAGCGGCCAUCAAAAAGUAUUCUAGCAAAUGGGAUCUUCUUCGAAAGAAAUAUUUGGAAUUAUUUAAAAAUAGUGACCGAGAUUUAAUUUUAACCAUUGAGUCUAAUAUACCUGGUCUGGUUGAGACACUCAAAGACUUAUUCCGGAUGAUUUGUGUGGAAUGCAGCACUCUUUUGUAUGGUGUACAGAGAGUCGCAGAAAUUGCAACCAAAAUUGAAGAAAAACUUGUCGAAAUUUCGGAAUUCCUACGCGUUAAAGCAAUUCAAAAUAUAGCCCUUGGAUCAGUCUUCAAAGAUAUCAAUGGAUUGGUUCAUUUCAUCCACAUAAAUCGUUCAAGUGGCCGCAUCGUUGUGCCGAUAAUAGAUCCGGAAAAUAAACGUGCUCCAUUAAUAAGAAAGCAGGUAUGGAAUAUGGUAAAAAUGUCACGAUCAUAUUUGCAAAAGGGAAAUUUAUCGUUGAUAUGGCAAGAUGAUGUAUUUUUUUAUUCGUACUUUUUGUGGUUCGAAGACAACCAUGGAACGCAGCUUAAGCCAAAGGAAAUUCCCAAUUCAACAUCUGCUAAUGCCAUCAAACCACACGUUGUGCCGGGCGUCAUUUCGGGAGAGUUUUAUCAGUGGCUGAUCGAAACGUGCUUCCCGAAAAAUAAUGGCAAAAUCAAGUGCUUUGAAUUGUAUAGUAUGUAUGUAGGAUUGACAUCAGCUCAUACAUUACUUGAUUUCAAUAGACGCUUGGUUGCUAUUUUGCGCGAUAAUUUGGCCGGUUUCAAUGGUUUCGAAUAAUAAUUGCAAUAUAAAGACUCACUUUGUCCUUUAAAUACACGCAUCUAGUCGGAAAUCUAUGAUAUGUAAAUAUCUGUAGAAAAUGUAACCAAAUAUAAAAUGAACAUUUCCAUUUUUGAGAAG